AUGGCGGACCUGUGUAAAGCCUUGAUGAGGAAUGGAAUCAUUAAACAUGGGGAAUACAGUGAUCUACGUGAAAUUCUUGUUACUUGCGAUGUUGAGGCAGGAGUAAUCAUUGAUGAUUUCAAAGAAAGAAUACAUCAGGAAUGGGAAGGUCCAUCACCAGCCAAGCAACCAAUGCCAGGAGAUCCAGGCCAGCAACAGUCUACAGGUCCGGCUGCCAUGAUUGUUACAACAGCAGACACAAGCCAAGCCAAAAAAAUCCAUCCUGACUUAGAACCCAUGAUAGAAACAGCCAAAGCAAGAAUUAAAAAAGAAAAAGAGAAAAAAUUCUACCCCACCAAAGGUUUCUGUGAUGCUAAAGAAAAGCUCCAAAAGAACAGGGUUGUUGUCAUCAAAGGAAAUACGGGAGACGGUAAAACAGCAAUCGCCGUUCAACUCCUUCAUUGGCUGAGCCAGGAGCAGCAAGCUGGACAGCCCCUUCAACUUCACGAGAUUAAGAAAUUAGAUUUAUUGGCUCCAAACUUAAAACUGAUCACUUUUAUUGAUGAUAUUUUUGGUGAGAAAGAUGUAAUGUGUAAAAUGGAUGUACAAGAGUGGAACAAAAGAAUCGAAAAAGUAAAAACACUUUUUCUUGACGAGCAAAAAGAGACCAAUUUUCUUGUCAUCACUGUUCGCAAUGAAGUAUUCAAUUCUUUAGAAAAACGUUCUUUGGAAACAAUUUUUACCAAAGACAACUUAAUUGAUCUUAGCUCUGAGACAUACAAAGUUGAAGAAGAGAAAAAAACACUUUUAGAGCUGUAUAAGCCAGAAACAUUUUCCUGGUCAGAAGAAGAAACUAAUCAAGUUUUAACUUGCGCACCAAACAUUGGAUUCCCGCAGUGUUGCCAGCUUUUCUACAAUUCUGAAGAAUUGCAGAAAGAACGAGUUAGAUUUUUUGCUAAUCCUUUUCAUUUCUUGAAAGAAGCAUUGUCAAGAUUACAAGAAUGUUCUGCACUUUUGUAUCUCUUCCUCCAUGACGGAAUGAUAAAGGUAAAAGAUCUGGAUCCAAACAAUACAAAAAUCAAAGAAAAAUGGCUGAAACAAGCCUUUUCAAUAAAGUUGAUUGGUAAAUAUGACAAAGCCUCUUUGUUUAAUGAUAAUAUGGGAAAAGUUGGAUUUAUAAAGGACAGUUUCAAUGAAUUAUUAGGCUUUUUGGUAAAGAAGGAGAAAAAUUGGUCUGGUGAGGAUGUGUACAGAUUUAAUCAUGAUUCUAUUUAUGUUGCUGUGGCACUUUUGUAUGGAAAAGCCACACCGAUUGGCUACAUACAGAAUUGUCCCAGCAUAUCCCUCAGUUAUCUAACAACCUCAGACACAGCUACAAACAUGAUUGUCAUAUCAUCUGAUCAUUAUACAGAAAUGUGUGAGCGUCUACUCCGAGAGUUUGAAUGUGAGGAGAAACGAUAUGGUACUAGUAUUGGCUCUCUAGAUGUAUGGAAUGAUCCUGUAUUUGUUGAAAGAUUUGUCGGGUUGUUGAAUGACAGAAAAUAUGAUAAACUUGAUGUGUUGAAUAAAGCAUGUCAUUUUGGUGCAGAAGAAUGUGUUUUAUCUCUUCUGUGUGAGGGAGUAGAACCUGACAAGGUGACACCAUUUAGAGUGUUGUGGGGAGGGAGUGUGAAAGUGUUACGUAAACUACUGGAGUAUGACGUCACCCCUACAGCGAGGGAUUACAAUGACAAUGUCCUACAUAAGGCGUGUUAUUGGGAGAGAGAAGAGAUGGUGACGUUGUUAUGUGACACUUACCCACACUUGGUACAUGACACUGAUAGUGUAGGACGAACCCCGCUCCAUGUUGUGGCAUGGAGAGGAAACUGUUCUAUGUUACAGACACUGGAGAGGUAUGUACUUAACUCCUUAUAUAGAGUUGACGACCAACAACACAAGUGUGAGUCGGUACAUGGUCGUGUGGUUCAUAGGAACUGUGUGUGUGCUCAGUACAUGGCUCAGUUAGUGGAUGUGUACGGGUGUACGGUGUUACAUGUGAGUUGUGAGUAUGGUAACAGGGAGGUUUGUUUAUAUUUAUGUCAGUCAUACCCAGCACUAACUACAGCUGUAGAUGAGGACGGCCGCCAUUGUCUACAUUACUUAGCUAGUGAUACAUCAGAUGUAGACUGGUUCACUGAGUGUGAAUCUCAUGUUAAACGACACCUAGAGUAUACAGGACGUAAGUAUGACAUCACAACCAUACUUGACAAUAAAGGGGAAUCUGUUUUAGACAGAGCGAAGGAAAGGGCGUCGUUCUGGGCGAAGAAACGGGGGACAGAAAACAACCCUAUGUUAGAUCAUCUUAUUCAAGUGUUUGGUAAAUGAAAAUGAUACUGAUUUCUCAAUGAAACGUACAAUUAUAAUCAACACAAACCUUUUAUAACAAUCCUGUGCAAAGCUCAUGUCAUGAUGAUUUGUUUUAACGACCACAUUUUAUCGGUAAAUAUUAUAAAUUGUGAUGAGUUUUUCAGUCCCAAAUUUUGCCGAUCUUCUUUACGCUCCGUAAAAAUACGGCCCGGGGGGGGGUCCUCUAUGAGGUGCGAGAUUUUGUGUGUUUUUUCUUUGGAAAAUCGUAUCAGAUUUGAAAUAAGAAUAUGAUGUUUUAUUCUGUUAAUAAGAAUAUGAUGUUUUAUUCUGUUUUAAAUAUUACAAACAUUGUCAUGUUAUAUGUAAUUUUAAAUGUGCUGAAGCAUUUUGUUAAAUGCUGUGGAAAUAUUUCUUCCCAAAUGAACCCUCAGUAGCAGUAAACUUUGUGAUGAAUUGUUGAUGCAUCUUAAUGAUAUAAUGAUUAACGUUAUCUGUCGCUAAUUAAUGAUGAUUAAACAUGAUGUCUGGAGUAAACAGUGUACAGUGAAUUUCACAUUUCAUCUUAACA